UUUUGAGGCGGAGGGGCAGGGCCCUCACCCUCCCGUUCCCCCGGAGCCGUGUCCCGCCCGGCCGCCUGCGCGUUGCGAUGCCCGGGGAGGUGGCACAGGCUGCGGCCGUUCCUUCAUCCAUCCAUCCAUCCUCCCAUCCACGCAUCCAUCCAUCCAUUCGAGGAGGAGGAGGAAGGAGGUGGCAGGGAGCCCCCCCUCUCCUUUCUCCCCUCCCCGCGGCGGCGGGGCUCCGGCCGGAGGCGGCGCAGCCUCCCCGCCGCUGCCAGGCGCUUUCGGGCUCGGCUCUCUGGACGGUGGAGCCGAUGGCUACAGGCCACCUCUGUGCAGGGGUGUGUAAACUUGAAGAACGCGGGCUUUUGCACUUAAAAAUCUCCAGUUAAGAUCGCAGCGCAGCAGACAUGCCUGAACAAAGCAAUGAUUACCGGGUGGUUGUCUUUGGAGCAGCCGGGGUUGGCAAAAGCUCCUUGGUGCUUCGUUUUGUGAGGGGGACUUUCAGGGAAACCUAUAUCCCCACCAUCGAAGAUACGUACCGGCAGGUCAUCAGCUGCGAUAAGAGCAUCUGCACCCUGCAGAUCACAGACACCACGGGAAGCCAUCAGUUCCCCGCUAUGCAGAGGCUGUCAAUAUCCAAAGGGCAUGCUUUCAUCUUGGUGUACUCUGUCACCAGCAGGCAGUCCAUGGAAGACCUUCAGCCUAUCUUCGAGGAGAUUUGUCAGAUCAAAGGGGACAUCCAAAAAAUCCCCAUCAUGUUGGUGGGUAACAAAAGCGACGAGACCCAGAGGGAGCUGGAUGCCAGCGAGGGGCAAGCCUUAGCCAGCAAGUGGAAGUGCUCCUUCAUGGAAACGUCAGCCAAAAUGAACUACAACGUGCAGGAGCUCUUCCAGGAGCUCUUGAAUCUGGAGAAGAGGAGAACUGUCAGUCUCCAGGUGGACGGAAAGAAAUCCAAGCAGCAGAAAAAGAAAGAUAAACUGCAAGGCAAGUGCUCUGUUAUGUGAUUGACUUUGGCUGGACUCGCGCCGCUUGCGUGGUGCAAUCGGAGCGUGGACUCCUGCAAAAUAUGUUUCUGCCGGAGGUUUCAGACUUCAUAGGGCUAUUGCUUUUCUCUGAAAUCUCUGCUGGGUUAUUUUAUGUGCUGGUUUUAAAAAGGAUGGCUUUCUGCAUGUGUAUUUUUUUAAAACAAUAAACGUUCAAUGUUAGCCAUUA